CCUAGUUAUGUCACCACUCGGCUCGGCCCAGCCCGGGUUCGGCUUUUACCAGCUACACCUGUAGUUCGGCUAUUCCCGUAAGCUGAACCACUUUGUCCAGCUUGGUUUGACCUGUUAGCUGUGUGAAUCGGCUACAAGCCAUGACUCCAGCAACAUCGACUCGAGCUGGUUCAAGCUGGUUGCAGUCGGCUUCAGUCACGUGGAAGUUGAACUAUCUUCUUUCUGUGCGUCGUUGACUCGUUGUCCAUUCAUUCAAUUUCAUUGUUCAAUCCCUCACUGCAAUAUUCAGUCCUGUUGUAAAGCAUGAAGGCCCCGAAUCGCAUUGAUGGUAGAUUUAGGCUGGAAGAUAUUUUGGGGUCUGGUUCAUAUGCUGUUGUGUACCGUGCGCAGAACUUCCUCAAUGAUGACAUUGUUGCUAUCAAACUCGAGCCAGUCACCAACAAACCAUCUUCUGUGGAGCAUGAGCAUGAGAUUCUCAAGCAACUUGAAGGUGGAGUUGGGAUUCCCCGCGCCCUUUGGUUUGGCAGGGAGUCAACACAUUACGCCUUGGCUCUCGACCUCCUCGGGCCGUCACUAUACGAUCUCUUCAUUGCAUGCAACCACAAAUUUAGCCUUCAAACUGUUGUUAAUUUAGGAGACCAGCUGCUGUCGCGUCUCGAGUAUAUUCACUCACAUGACAUUGUUCAUGGGGAUAUCAAACCGCAUAACGUCUUAGUGGACCAUUCAAGACAAACUACCUAUAUCAUCGAUUUCGGUAUCGCGAAGAAGUACUGGAACAAUGCAACCAAAUCCCACAUCCCGUUUCGCCGAGGUCGACAUCUCACAGGCACCCCCGCCUUUGCUUCAAUCAACAAUCACUUGGGAUUGGAGCCGGGUCGUCGUGACGAUCUCGAAUCACUUGCUUACAUGCUAAUAUAUUUCUUGCGCGGCUCCCUUCCAUGGUUAAAUAGUGACCAUGAGAGGCUGUCCAGCUCCGUCAUACUCGAGCGCAAAGGCGAUACCAGCAUUGCUGAUUUAUGUGGUGGAAUUCCUGCUGCAUUUGCAAAUAUUCUCGUCUACUCGCGCUCUCUCUCAUUUUCAGAGGAUCCCGAUUAUGACCAUCUUCGUUCUUUCCUUCACGAUCUUCGCACUGCAGGGCCCGCACCAGCUAUGCACUCCCUGGAUUUCAAUUGUCACGCUGCACCCUCCCCUCAACGUUCUCAAGUCUCUGAAUCGGUGCCCCUAUGUCAGCCGAAGACGCCUGUUCGUAAAUCAACUCGUGUGUAA